ACAAAAUCCUAGCACAUAAUGGUCUGAGACACGAACAAAGAAACAGAGAUGGUCAAUGGCAAGAAGGUACUGCUGCAGUGAAUUGCUGCCAUUUGCAGCCAUGGUUGGAGCAGAAUGCUCCACCGUCGGCUUAAACAUUCUGUUCAAAGCAGCCACGCUGAGGGGAAUGAGCUACAACAUCUUCAACGCAUAUUCCUUUGCAAUUUCCACCCUUGUUCUAAUACCUUUCCUCUUCAUCUUUCCCAGCUCAGCAGUUCUUCCUUCAUUCAGGUUCCCUCUCAUUUCCAGAAUCUGCCUCCUUGCGUUUAUUGGGUCUUUUGGGCAGAUAUUGGGAUAUAAAGGCAUAGAGUAUAGCUCCCCAACACUUGCUUCUUCCAUCAGCAACCUCACGCCGGCUUUUACAUUCAUACUUGCCAUUAUUUUCAGGUUU